AUGAAUCAAAAGGGUGCCAAUAAAUCUUUCUGUAAUAAUGUAUCUUCAUUCAAUGAUGAUAGUUAUCAAGAAUUUAAUAGUCAAACUGAUAAAAAUGAUUAUCUUAUUAAUGAUCUUAUACAAAAUAAAUCAUUAUCUAUGGUACCUUUACAUGGAAAUUUAAAUGUUAUUACAGAAGAAUCUUCAUUUAUUGAUGAAAUUAAUUCCAAUGAUGAAAAUAAUAGUAUUCAAAUUCUUUACAAUCUUAUUAAAAAACCACAUUGGACAAAUACAAAUAAUUUAAUACAACAAGAACUAUUACAUUAUGCAUCAAAUCAUAUUAAUGAAAAUAUAAAUAUUUCCAUUAGUAGUAGUCCUAGUAAUCUUCAUCUUAAUAGUACUAAUGGAAAUCAAAGCGAUGAUGAAGAUGAAUAUGAUAAAGAAGAAGGUCAACAAUUAAUACAACGUCUUAUUGAAGAAUUUCUGACUGGAAGAUGUAUUCCAACAAAUCCUCUUUGUUGCAUUCUUAUUAUUGCUACAUCAUGUUCGGAUAUCUAA